AACAUUGAAGCUGAUGAUGACGUAUACAAGUAUAUAAGUGUCCAAUAAGAAGUUGCAGAAAUUCCUCAUUUUGUUAGCUAUGACGUCGAAACUUCAGAGGAAGACAUGACGUCAACCAAGAGGAAGUCACUAACUGCUGCUUGCUGCCGUACUGUUGAACAGCUGUUUGGUAAACAACAAAUGUAAUUAGAUUGCUCUUCUCCAAGGUCAACGAAAGUGUCAUCCGUGCCGGUCGGUCAGCGGGCGGUCCCCAUUCGGCCUUGGAAGUUCGCCCGCCCUCGAUCAACCGAGAGGAUCACAGGAGUCCAAACUCCAAGUCAACUUGAGAUUGCCACAGUGACUCACAAAUAAGAAAAUAUUUACCUCAACUGAUUGGAAUAUUUGUCAGCAGACGUGAAAUUCGUUGACGAACUCCGCGAACCGAUCGUCAGUCUCGCCAUGGGCUCCGGGGGCCGGCUGCAGUGGGCGGCCGUCUCGGUGGCGGUCGUGCUGCUGGCCGUGUGGUACCGGCAGCCGGCCGACCGGCUGGACGCCGUGCUGGAGAGCCUGCUGCGCGCCGAGCGGCUCACCGCCGCCCCGGAGGUCACCGCUGACCGGCCGGCGCCGCGCGUCGCCGUCGGAUACGGCGGCUGCAUGGACCUGUUUGCGCGCGCGCUGUCCGUGCUCGACGACGGCCAGUGUCAGGUGCGGCCGGCCCACCACGGCUUCCUGAAGGACCGCCGGCAGCUGCAGCAGACGUUCCUCUACUUCUUCCAGCACGGGGCCGCCGCAGAGCGGUACAUCUCCGACGGCUCCCUGUUCGCCGAGCUGGUGGCCCUGGCUCGGAAGGCGCCCGACGCCCGGUACGAGGUGGGCGGUAACGCGCCCGUCAUGGCGGCCCGGUUCGCGCGCGAGGGCUGCUCCGUGCUGCUGGGGAGCGGACGGUACGCCGGACAGCACGUGCCGGAACGAGUGGAGGUGGUCGGACCGCAGACCCCGCAGCCGGACAUUCACCUGAUCCUCGAGUAUGCCGCUAACACACAGUGGUGCCGUCAGGCCACCACCAGGGCCAACAGGUUCAUCAUCCACAGCGACGUGGCCAACCCCACGCUGUCAGCUCUGGAGGACUUUGGACAGGCCCUGAAGAAGUUUGACCCGGACAUGCUGGUCGUUUCGGGGCUCCAGAUGAUGGACAACUUCCCCUUCAAGGAAGGCGCGCGCCGGCAGCGGCUGGAGCUGCUGCGGCAGCAGCUCGUCUCCCAGCAGAGCCGCACCAAGAUCCACUUCGAGAUGGCCAGCUUCACCGACACGCAGCUGCUGACCGAGAUGCUGGAGCUGGUGACGCCCUACGUCGACUCGAUGGGCAUGAACGAGCAGGAGCUGCCGAACCUGCAGAGUAUGCUGCUGUACGGCAACGUCAGCCUAGUGUCGGACGCCAACCCGCGCGUGGCCGGCGUGCUCGAUCAGAUGAGAGACGUCAUGAGGGCACUAGGUGAUGUGGUGCCAGACGCCGGGUCGGGCCGCCGGCCCCUGACGCGGCUGCACGUGCACACGCUGGCGUUCCAAGCUAUCAUGACGCGGCGCGACUCGAUUUGGAAGAACUCCAUGUCGGCAGCGGCGCGGGCGUCGCUCACCGCACACCGGCACAUCUGUGGGACCAAACAGGUGGACACGCGGAAGGCUCGUCUGAUCAUGGACGACAGUUUCUCCGUGUCGAGUGAGCCGGGCAGCCGGCGGGUGCCGUUCGACCCCAGUCGACCCGUCAGCUGCUGGAAUGAGGGCCAGUACGAGAUGUGCGUGGCCCCGGUGCUGGUCUGCACAGAGGUAUAUCAGACGGCCGGCGGCGGGGACAACAUUUCGUCCGCCGGUCUGGUGCCCCAGAUCCUCGGAUAGCCGCUCCACGGACCAGCUGCUGCUCCAAUCGGUACCGUCCCCGCCCGCCGCAGCCGCCGCAGCCGGCGCCCGAAUAUCCUCGUACUUAUCAACGGGACGCUGUAAGAUACUUGUAAUGUGUCGGGGUCUGAAUGAGGGGCGUGGAACGACGACAUUGAUGGCGCCUUUGAAUCUUAAUUCGGGAAGCUGGUUACGAGCGAGCGCCAGGAAGCUGGUGUACUGAAUGUUGCUUCUCUUUGAAAGUGCUCGGUAAUGUGUCUACAAUGCAGGAUGUCACAUGCCUUUACUGCGCACGAUCUAUUACGAUUUAAGUACGCUAAGCACGUGAGAAAUCCUUACGGCAAAACGAUCACCUGAACAGUAUAAAAGGGAGACAGAAAAGUAAAUUUUGCGAUGCGGCAGAGUGCCGAUUUUUUGGCGAGGAAAUGUAUAGUGACGUGUUUCCAUGGACAGAAUCAUGGUUGUGAUGAUUGGAUGGUGAUACAGUUAGGCUGUCUCGUAUGGAAGGAAAAAGAUGAAAGACAGUCUGUUUAGGAGACUGGAUGGUAAUCAUUCUCGUUGGGACAAAGGGCGAUGAGCUGGCAGGUCAGUGAAUGGUAACGAUAUUUUGAACAGCUAGAGUCGGAGUUCGGCGGGGAGUCCAAACCGCGGUGCAGACUUGUAAAAAUAGGAUCAACGGACAGGCUUUAUUUCUGGCAAAACAACAGGUGUAAGUGUUUUUUCUUUCGCAUUGCACAUGGAAAAUUGAUAUGAUAAUUUGGCAGGACGUUGAUAGCCGCCUUUUAACCUGCCGUUAAACAUGGUGUUUUACCUAAAACAGAAGCUUCAUCAUCGUCUGUCGACUUCUCUGCAGACGGAGAAGUCUGGUUCAGGGGUCAAUCUUUGCCCCCAGUCAAGCAGCCCACUCGGGCUUUUCUUCCGGUCAGCUCGCGCAGCGCCGUCUCUGUCUGGCCGCUUAGAUGGAACAGCGUGAGGGUUCCGGCUAGCACUUGGUCCACAGGACAGUGUUCAAUCCACAACCAGCUUGUGCACCCGAUGUUAAUUCCAACCCGACCAGCCGCCGCUCGGUGGUUUGGCGGAUACUGAUCGUCGUCGCUCGUCUAGCAAUGUGGCCGACUGGUGGACAGAUGGACCGGCUGACUGGCGGGCCGGGCGGUCGGUAUGCCCCCAGACCGGUUGGACCGGAGUCCGACGUGCCGGCGGGCGGGCAGGAUGGGCAGCGGAUGCCUCGUAAGGCAAUGGCGGCGUGUCUGUUGACUGGCGGAUAACUGUUCGAUGAGGAAAUCAAUUUUACCGUUGCCAAGGAGAAACGUUCGACUCUUUAUGCGUUCUUUUAGAAACGAAACGAAAGGCGUGGAGGUUUAUAAGUUCAUUUGAAACGAUGGGCAUGGUACUUGGAAGUCCGUUGGUGUUAUUUUUGCAGGUCUAUGCAGGAAUUUUUAACUAGUCUGGCAUGAUAUCAAAACGGGAAAGGUCCGCUUGCUAUGCCUGUCGGGAGGUCGCUCACAGGGCGACACACGCGGCUGGUAUAGGCAGGCCGGGCUGAGAUUACAGUGCGGCUGGUAUUGUGGGCGAUAAAAGAACUGUGCGACACUCGCGUCUCUAGUCGGGGUGCAUUGUAUAGACGGUGCUCUCUAUAGCAUGGGUUUUCAUUAUUCUUGAGCAAAGAUUAUUCGACGAGUUCAGUGAGUUUUCAGUUGGCCUAAAAUAAUUAUACACGACACUCAGUACAUCGUCCCGCCGUCCUGCCCAGUUUUUAAUUGUGGUCACCAUUUCCAAUAAUUGUUCGCGUUCGUGGCUAACGUUUGCUCCCAUUCCCACAAGCAUUCUUCGCUGGAAGCGUUUUUGUCAAAGACCGAUUGUUUGUGAUAGACCCCAUUCCGACAUUUGGUGAGGCGCAUAUUUUCAUGAAUGUUUACCGCUCGUUUUUUUUUUUGCGUAUAGUUUUAGACCAAUUUGAUAUUGAAUUGCCUGCAUGAUAUUGGUUCCCAUAUCCAUUUUACCAGAUUAUUCACCAAGCAGAGACCAUAUCUUGAAUAGGGACCGUUAAAUUAGCGUAUGCUAUCGAGGGGGUAAUAAUGACAGUGUAGGUUUGGAACAGAGGGCGAGCAUAGAACACCUGUAAGUAGGGGACCCGCUGUUAGUUAUCGCGGGAUGACCGACUGUGUGGUAAUUGGAAGUGUUUUACCAGUGCGCCAGUUUUGUUGUGCCAUGCUGGGGUGACCAUUUUGAUUCCCGGCCCUUCCAUUCCUCUUUCCACUUUAAAAGGCUCAAUUCUGCGAACAUCCCGCAGCUUCGUAGAUCGAACACCCAACGGCUGGUACAAUCUAUCAAUCAAACACCGGCGUGUAUCAGGCCGUCCGAAUAGUCCGAUGAUGUGCAAAACGGAGCAAUCAGUCGCGGGAGUCUGGCGUUGCCAGUUGGGUGUGCGGUCUUGCCACUACGCGAUGACUUUGUCCAGUGUAUGUGUGAUGUGUUAUUGGCGGCGGUGUGAUGUGAGCCCGAUUACCGUGCGUGUCAUUCCACUGGCCUGUAUGACCCAGAAACAAUACAUCGGAUUGAAAUGAA